AAUGCAAGAGCAAAAACUGCAAGUGAUGUACCAGGAUAGGCCGCAGGGGAUACUAGUAAGUAGUAGUAGUACUUGCAAAAGGACCAAAACGGCAAGAGCAACAUAAACCACCUCAAAACUACAGGAUGGGUAGACAGUAGUGCUUGGCAAAGAUUCCCCGACGUAGAUUUAUCGAGGGUCUUUCAAACUGACCCAAUCCACUGGUGCAACAGAAUUUUUGUAGCUCAUUGAAAUUCGAACUUCCCCCUUCAGCGACUGGACAAUGUUAGGCAGACUGACCAGAGCCAAAGUGCGACCGCUGGUAUGUCUGCGCAUUAAACCUCCCGAGUUUUUUCCACCUGUAUGCCGUUGCCUUCACCGCGAACAGCAACAACAGCCCCCUAUUUCCUUCUCGAUUAGGAGACUCACCAGCCAUACUGUGCAAAGUGGCCACACUAUAUUCGCCAUAUCUUCAGGAACUGGAAAGUGCGGCGUGUCUGUGGUGCGUCUCUCUGGCCCUCACACCUGGCAGGCACUGUUGUCGUUGCUGGGUGGACAAUCUAAGGUGCAUGCACGCAAAGCAUGCUUACGUCGACUACACCACCCUGAGUCUGGCGAGGUGCUCGACGAAGCGCUGGUUCUCUGGAUGCCAGGUCCGGGUAGCUUCACUGGCGAGGACGUGGCAGAGCUGCAUUGUCACGGUAGUGUGGCCGUGCUGUCUGCAGUCAUGUCCGCCCUGAGCACUAUCCCCGGCCUGCGUGCAGCCGAUGCUGGGGAAUUUACACGGAGGGCGUUUCACAACGGGCGUCUUGAUCUGACGGCAGUCGAAGGCCUCGCCGACUUGAUCCAUUCGGAGACGGAGGCACAACGCCGCCAGGCAUUCAGACAGAUGCAGGGUGAACUUAGCAUGCUCUACCAGGACUGGAGCAAGCGUUUACUCAAGUGUGUUGCUGACAUUACCGCUGUGAUCGACUUUGGCGAGGAGGAAGCGGUGGAUGCUGGCACAUUGGCCACUGCAUCGUCUCGAUGCAUCCAGCUUGAGAUGGAGAUCUCCGCUCACCUGUCGGACCAUCGCCGUGGCGAGCGACUCCGCAACGGCGUUCACGUAACCAUCGCCGGGGCACCCAACGUGGGCAAGAGCAGUCUGCUGAACAUCCUGU